AUGAAGACCGCAGUAAUCGGAAUUCCAGCAAUCUCCGGUAUUAUUCUGGUGUUUCUGCUCCCAGUCCCCGGAUCAAGUCAGUUUCUCGACGCAGCCUGUGGAAUUCGAGCUCAACCGAAGAUUGCGACUCGUAUCAUUAAUGGCCACAUUGCAAAAGAUAACUCCAGCCCGUGGAUGGUUUUUCUACACUCGACUACGGAUUUAUUUGUGUGCGGUGGAACUCUGAUCACAAACAAACUGGUACUAACUGCAGCGCAUUGCUUCAUUGCCAACCAGCAGUUAGUAGCUCGUCUGGGUGAAUAUGAAAGAACACGAAGUGAGGAGUGUGUCGGAUAUCACUGCAACUUUCGGGCGGAACAUAUGGUCGAUGCGGGCUUCAAGCACCGUCUAUACAAUCCCAAUACUCAUGCCAACGAUAUUGCCAUUCUACGACUAGCUAAGAGAGUGAUUUACAGAGAUAACAUAAGGCCCAUUUGCAUUGUGUGGGAUCGGCGAUGGAGGAAGUACAUCGACAGUAUCGAUUUGCUAACCGGAACGGGAUGGGGCAAGACGGAGGUGGAAAGUGAUAGUGAUGCUUUGAGGACCCUGGAUAUUCGGCGCCAGCCACCGGAGGUUUGUACUCAGUUCAUUGGGCUGACCAUCUCUGGCAACCAAUUCUGCGCUGGAAACUGGGAUAGCAAUUUGUGCAACGGGGAUUCCGGUGGUCCAAUUGGAGCAAUGGUCCCAUAUAGAAAUAGCCAGCGCUUCGUUCAGAUUGGCAUUGCCAGCUAUACGAAUAGGAAGUGUCAGAAGGCAAGCGUUUUCACGGACAUUUUGAGCCACGUCGACUUUAUACUUCGGGUGUGGAGGCAGUACGGCAAUGGUCAAAGGCUCUCGGUCCCAAUGACACCCACAACGACCCAGGCUCCAACUUGGUGGCAUACUACGCAGGUUCCACAACAGACCUUCGAGGAUUAUGAUUCUGAUCAUUCUGAUAAUACCCAUAAAACGCAUUUGGAUUGGAGUACGCAGUGGUCUCCUGGCGGGUACUUCCAUUUUUCUAUUUGGUAGAGUUCGCUCCUUUAUAAGAAUUUUAUUCAUUAAAAAAACAGUCUCAUCAUCCCCGAAAUAAGUUUUCUUCUUUAUGAUAAAAAAUAAGUACAUCAAAAGUCAUUGCAUAGUAUUUUUUCUUAAAAAAGAAAUAGCAUCGGGAUUUUCUUCACAAUCAA